AUGUCCGCCGCGGACGAGCACAAGGCUCGUGGGAACGCGCACUUCGCGAAGCACGAGUACGCGGCCGCGAUCGAUGCGUUCACGAGCGCGAUCGAGUGCGAUGGGACGAAUCACGUCUUUUGGUCCAAUCGCUCGGCGGCGUACUCCGGAGCGGAGAAGUGGAACGAGGCGCUGAGAGACGCGGAGAAGACGAUCGAAUUGAAGCCCGAAUGGGGCAAGGGGUACGGAAGAAAGGGAGCGGCGCUGUUCGGGAUGCAAAAGUUUGACGAAGCGCGAAGCGCGUACGCGCUCGGAUUGGAGAAGGAGCCGGACAACGCGCUGUUGAAGAGCGGAUUGGAGGACGUCGAGCUGGCGAUGAACGCGAAGAAGGGAAGCGAUGAUGGGAUGCGACAGAUUGGGGACAUGUUCAGAGCGCCGGAUCUCAUGGCGAAGUUGGCGACGAAUCCGGCGACGCGGGGUUAUUUGAGUCAACCCGAUUUCAUCGCGAUGUUGAGCGAGGUGCAAAAGGAUCCAUCAGCGCUGAAUAAACACCUCGCUGAUCCGAGGAUGAUGAACGUGCUGAGUGUGGCGAUGGGGAUCAAAGUUAUGAGCGGGGACGAGGCGGCGCAGGAGUUCGGCGAACACGAGGCGGACUCGAAGCCGACGCCGGCGUCGGAGCCAAAAAAGGCGCCCGAGCAGGCUCCGAAGAAGGCACCCGAGCCCGAGCCCGAGAUCUCGGAGUCGCGCAAGCGCGCGCUCGAGGCCAAGGAUGCGGGUAACGCGGCGUACAAAAAGCGCGAUUUCGACGCCGCGAUCGCCAAGUACGACGAGGCGAUCGAGCUCGAUCCGGAGGACAUUUCUUUCCUUAAUAACCGCGCGGCGGCCAACCUGGAGAAGGGCGACUUCGACGCGUGCAUCGGCGAUUGCGACGCCGCGAUCGAGAAGGGACGCUCGAUUCGAGCCGAUUACACCGUGAUCGCCAAGGCGAUGACGCGAAAGGGUAACGCGCUCGUCAAGCAAGGAAAGCUCGAGGAGGCAGUGGAUCAGUACCAGCGCUCGCUCACCGAGCACCGCACCGCGGACACACUCAAACGUUUGAACGACGCCGAAAAGGCGCUCAAGGAGGCCAAGGAGGCGGCGUACCUCGACCCUGUCAAGGGCGAGGAGGCGCGCGAGAGAGGUAACGGAUUCUUCAAGGAUCAAAAGUUCCCGGAGGCGGUGAAGGAGUACACCGAGGCAAUCGCGCGAAACCCGAAGGAUCACAAGGCGUACUCGAACCGCGCGGCUUCGUACACCAAGCUUACCGCUUUCAACGAGGCGCUGAAGGACGCCGAGAAAUGCAUUGAGCUGGAGCCCACCUUUGUGAAGGGUUACGCUCGCAAGGGUGCGGUGCAGUUCUUCGUUAAGGAGUACGACGACGCGAUGACCACCUACUCCGAGGGCUUGAAGCACGACCCGACGAACGAGGAACUUAGGGACGGCUUGCGACGUUGCCAAGAGCAAAUCUCUCGAGGUGCCUCGGGACAGCUCUCGGAGGAAGAGAUGAAGGCUCGACAAGAGCGAGCGAUGGCGAACCCAGAGAUCCAAGCCAUCCUGAGCGACCCGGUGAUGCGACAGGUGUUGCAGGACAUGUCCACCGAUCCGAAGGCGGCCGCCGAGCACCAAAAGAAUCCGAUGAUCAUGGCCAAGGUGCAAAAGCUCAUCAACGCGGGCAUCGUGCAGGUUAGAUGA